ACAUGACAGGGGGGGAAGGAGGAAGUGGGGCGACUCGAGGGGUACCGCCACCGAUCCAGUAAACGGCGGGGCUCGGGCAGCGGCAGCUAUCGGGGAGAGUCUUUCCCGCGACGUGCAGGCCGGCCGCCCUUGAGGGCGGGCUUGCGUCCCGGUGCCGCUGCUUAAGAGGAGGCAAGCAGAGAGCAGGGGGAGCGCCCCGCCGGGCCGCGGCGUCUCGCCGGGGAAGUUUAGUGCGGAGAGGAAUCCCGCCGCCGUCUCCCGGACUCACUACCGGCCGCGGGGGUGGCGCCGGGUAUGAACGGCUUCGCCCCCGAGGAGGUGACCCAGCGCGGGGCGGACCCCGCUGCCGCCGCUGCUGCCGCCGCAGUGGUAGGCAAUGCAGGCUCUGCCGUGGAGGUGCCGCCGCCGCCGCCAGCGCCGCCCGGGCUCGGUCUGACCGCUGCUGCUGCUGGCUCUGCGGGCGCCGGAGGUGCGGGCGGCCCCGGGGCCGGGCAGAUGUGCUGCUUGCGGGAGGAGGGAGAGCGGUGCGGCCGCGCCGCUGGCAACGCCAGCUUCAGCAAGCGGAUCCAGAAGAGCAUCUCGCAGAAGAAGGUGAAGAUCGAGCUGGACAAGAGCGCAAGACAUCUGUAUAUUUGUGACUUCCAUAAAAACUUGAUUCAGAGUGUGAGAAAUAGAAGAAAGAGGAAAGGCAGCGAUGAUGAUGGUGACUCACCAGUACAAGAUAUCGACACUCCAGAGGUUGAUUUGUAUCAGUUACAAGUAAACACACUUCGAAGGUACAAAAGACACUUCAAACUACAGACCAGACCAGGACUUAACAAAGCACAGCUUGUUGAAAUAAUUGGCUGCCAUUUUAGGACAAUUCCAGUGAAUGAAAAGGACACCUUAACAUAUUUCAUCUACUCAGUGAAGAAUGACAAGAACAAAACAGAUCUAAAGAUGGAUAGUGGGGUUCAUUAAACGUAAAAGGUUGGGACUGAGACUCAGGCUGCAAAUCAAAAGACUGAGGGGUUUUGUUGAUAUGCAAAAGCUUUCUUUGUAACUUUUUUUUCCUGAGACUUUAUCUCUGUUUUAUUUUUCAUAAUAUUGCUGUUUUGUUUGAAAACCAUCUCUUAUGAAACAAAUUUCCUCAGCAAAACUAUUUUAAAUAAAUAUCACUGAUAUUGUUGCUCAA